AUGGAGCAGGAAGAGCCAGUGAUCCAGCAGGAAUUAGCAGGCAGAAUCACUCUUUACUCCAUGGCAGGAUGUCUUCAUUGUCAUCAUGCAAAGGAUCACCUGAUUAAUAUGGGUCUCCCAUUCAUUGAAGUUAAUGUAGUGAAGAAUCCUGUGAUACACCAACAGAUUAUAGACCUCACUGGGCGCCUUACUGUACCACAAAUCUACUUUAACAACAUCCACGUCGGAGGAAAUGAAGAUCUUCAGAAGUUGUCACAAGAAGAGCUUGACAAGCUGAUUGAUCUAGUUAAAAAUGAACCUGUACCUGCUGAUGCACCACCAAUCCCAGAAUCAGAAAUUGUUGAAGAAGGGAUACGGAAGGAAGAAUCAGUAAGUAAAAUAGAUGAAUAUGCAGAUCUGAUCAUGGACUUCAAGGAAAGUGGCAUUAUUGGCAGCAACUGGAUAUGUCUCAGACUGUACCAGAACACCUUUACUGGGAAAAAGUUAGUGAAUUGGCUGGUUGACAACAAAAAAAUUGCUUCUAGACAUUCCGAAAUCAUGCAAGAUUUAAUUGUGAAGUUGUUCUCAGAACACAUUACAUCAGAUGGCAAGUUAGUAGAUUAUAAAUCCAUGGCUGCAAAUCCAGUUUUUGAGGAGUAUUGUCAACAUACAACACAGCUGCAGCAUCUAGAUGUUAGUGAUCUCAGUAGAAAAGAGAAACUGGCAUUCUUCAUCAACCUAUACAAUGCAUUAGUCAUUCAUGGAAAUAUUAAGAAAAGGCCACCAAAAAACGCAUGGCAAAGACAUAAAUUUUUUAAUUCGAUAAGUUACGAGAUUGGUGGAAAAGUCUUUUCGCUGAACGAUAUUCAAAAUGGUGUACUUCGUGGUAAUCGAAAAGGUCCGGCUCAAAUUAUGAAACCAUUCUCAAACAGAGAUCCACGUCUUAAGGCCGCACUGGAGGAAGUGGAACCACUUAUUCAUUUUGCAUUGAACUAUGGAGUCAUAAGCUGCCCUCCAAUCAAGGCGUACACUGCCCAGGAUGUUGACAAGCAGCUGAAGAUUUCAGCUGAAGCUUUUCUUGAUUGUGAUGAUGGCUGCCAAGUCGAUGUGUCGAGGAAGGAAGUUGGUCUCAGUCAGAUUUUCAAACGAUAUAAGAUUGAUUUUGGUGGAACAGAUGAAAAGUUGCUGAAAUGGGUGUUGGAACACCUGCAAGAGUCGCCAAAGAAGGAAGCCCUGGAAGAAAUCCUGGACCAUGGAAAAGUCAAAAUUAUUUACCUUCCAUUUGAUUGGUCAGCGAAUUCUAAAGACUGA